GUUACAUUUUGAAAUCUUACUUCAGAGUUAUUUUCCUUAAAACACUUUUUUGAUGGCUAUGUAAAUUAUUCGUAAUAAUAAUCAUCUAUUUUACUUAAAUUGCGAGAGCAAUAGAAAUAUGGCAAAAAUUGCCGAAGUGUGUGACGCUCGUUGCCUAUUAUUUCGCAAUGAAAGAAUAAGAACGGAAGACGCGAUACGGAUGAAGUGGUUUUUAGAAAAUCAACAACGACUGAUAGAUCAGUUGAAAGAGCCGAAAUUCACGAAACGCGCCAGGGAAAUAAUUGCGGAGUCUAAGAGACGACAGGCGGCACGCGUCGUUAGACCCGUCGUACCACGGAAGCCGUUACCGAUUUGGAGGCCACUUAAAUCCGACGGUUCUAUCAAUAUAGAUAUCAUGAAGCCGAUUGAGCCUGAUGUAAGAGCCAUACUUUAUGAGAAAGGAAUCCCGACUUUCAUUACCACUCGUAAUUAUUUAACUAAAAGAUAUGAAGAACCCCCGGAGAAGCGUUUCUAUUUUCCCGAAUGUGUGAAUUGGAUAUACAGUUGGCGUCUUGGCGACUAUCCUCCGGUUCCAUUUAGCGAAGUAGGCCUGAGAUCCGUGAUGCAAGCACAAUUUUAUCAGCGUAAGGCGUUGAUUCUGGAACGUGAUCCAGAAUGGUUUCGCGGUUGUCAAAAGAAGAACGCGAGGAAUUUCGAUGAACCGUUGACAUAAUAAUUAGUAACACUUUUAUACAGAGAAAUAUAAAUACGUCUAUAUCGCUACAGUAUGAAUAUCGGUAUUUCGAUAUUAUAUUCUGUAAAUAGUUUAUUACAUGUUUUGAUAUAAUUACAAUUUUUUAAAUAAAUUGAUACGUGCGAUUAA